CGGCUCGAAGAAGCCUUGCUCUUCCGGGAAAAUGGCGACUCCCGCUCGCGCGCCAGAGUCGCCGCCGGCCGCGGAGCCUGCGCCCGCCGUGGGCCCCGCCGGGGAGCCCUGCCCGCCGCGCCAGCCGCAGCCCGUGCACAAUGUGCUCGCUGCCCCGCGGCUUCGAGCCCCCAGCUCCCGAGGACUUGGGGCAGCGGAGUUCGGCGGAGCUGCGGGAGAGGUUGAGGCGCCAGGAGAGACUUUUGCGCAACGAAAAAUUCAUUUGCAAAUUGCCCGACAAAGGUAAAAAGAUCUCCGACACCAUUGCCAAACUGAAAGCUGCCAUUGCAGAUCGUGAAGAGGUUGGAGGGAGAAGUAAACUGUUUCAUCCUGUUAGUGUAGACUGUAAGCUAAGGCAACAAGCAACCACAAGAGUCGAUACGGACGUAGACCAGCCCCAGAAUUCUGACCUGAUGCUUGAUACUUCAUUAUUAGUUCCCGAAUGUUCCUCUGUAGACACUGAAUCAUCUAAAGCAACCUCAGCAUCUCCGGGACCUGCACAUCUCACUCAGUCUCACAAAGGCAAUGAAGAGACUUUAGAGGCUGGCUGUACACUGAACACAGGCCCAGCUCCCAGCAGCAAAGCCAGGCCAUUCUCAUCUGAAGUUAACGAACAUCUCCCCCAGCGCCCUGUUUCAAGUCAAGAGGGAGAUAUUUCCAGCAGCAUUGACAGUCUGUUUAUCACUAAAUUGCAAAAGAUCACAAUCACAGACCAGAGUGAACCCUCAGAAGAAAACACCAGUGCUGACAACCUUCCAGGGCUCCAGAGCGAGACUCCCAAGAAGCCUCAUUACAUGGAAGUGCUAGAAAUGCGAGCCAGAAACCCAGUGCCCCCUCCUCAUAAGUUUAAGACCAAUGUCUUACCCACACAGCAGAGUGACUCACCAAGUCAUUGUCAGAGGGGUCAGUCUCCUGUUUCCUCAGAAGAGCGGCGACGCAGGGCUAGGCAGCACCUUGAUGACAUCACAGCAGCACGCCUCCUUCCGCUCCACCACCUGCCCGCCCAGCUGCUCUCUAUAGAAGAGUCACUGGCCCUGCAGAGAGAGCAGAAGCAGAAUUACGAGGAGAUGCAGGCAAAGCUCGCAGCACAGAAACUAGCUGAAAGACUGAACAUUAAAAUGCAGAGCUACAAUCCAGAAGGGGAGUCUUCAGGGAGAUACCGAGAAGUGAGGGAUGAAGAUGAUGCCCAGUCCUCGGAUGAGUGCUGAAGAUGAGCGCUGGGAGAGAUCAAACGCUGACUUUUGAGCUGCUAUUGUCUCACAUCGAACUUCCUAACAAGUAUCAAGAUCAGUGUCAGACCUUGUUGAGGGACAUUUUUUAAAGUUACACAAAGCUAGCUACAAAAUAAGAGCCUGGUUUGUCUUUCAGAAGAAGAUCUUCACAUGCUUGAACAGUUUAAUAUUUGAACAUGUGUUUGACUGUAUUGUACUACAGUUUUGCAGUAUGUUGUGCAUUGGUCUGAUACUUAGUGUGGGUAGAGCACACUUUUUCUUUAUAGCUGCUUUUUUUCCCCUUAUUCUUACUUGUAACAAAUAGCAUUGCUUACAUCCCUUCUGGUGAAAUACUUUGUUAUCCCAGGCACCUAAAAUGAAGUAGGGAGACCUGGCCUGGUCCCCACUCUUAAGAAAUGGAGGGAACAGUCUAAGAAUGGUACGCGUGAUUGCAUGGCGUUCCUGAGAUGCUGGAUGUGAAAUACUGGAUGUGGGAGACACUCAGAAAUAUACAAGUGUUUUCUCCAGUCUUCUUUUAGGGUGACCGCUGUCCUCCUGUGAUGAGGAUAAGGAGCUCUUUAAAGAGGUGCUGGAUGGGAGAGGGUCUUCUGAGCUGGUGUGGGGAGCUGCUCUUGGCUUCCCCUGGCUUGAGCUCAUUGCUGUCUUGGAUGAUAGGCUGCUGUACAGAAUGCUCAUAUUUGGUAAGGAAAUUGGUGUUUUUCUAAGAGUUACAGUUGAAUUGUCAGUAUAUUGCUCUUUCCCUUUUUAAACCCAAGGAGGUGUUUAUAGGCUACAGAAACGUCAGUCUCAUGUAUGUAUACAUUUGUCCUGUUUUAAAUGAUUAUAUGAUCAUUUCCAGCAAAGAUAACAAUAUGUUAUCAAAAAAACCCUUUGUCUAUUAUGUGGAACUUGUAAAGGAGAAAUAAAACAUCAAUCAGAGCAA